CAGUUUUGCCCAACCGAGCUAGUAAUGGAAAGUGCAUUUUUGUUCUCUCUGCCAAGGAAAACAACACAGGCGCCAAAGAUCUUGUAGCAAGUAACAGCUGUGACUUUUCAAGUACCCCGUUGGUUGUUUUCAGGACUGCAAAAGUGUCGAACAUCUAGCUAUGUUUACGCCCAAAGCCGCCCAGUCCUGGGCAUAUCUUCUCGUGUGUUUGUUUGCCGUAGCAUCCUGUCCUGCGUUUGCAGAGGAACAAGACAUGUCACCAGAUCAGAUCGACUCUGUGACGUCUGGGCCAGAAAGUCAAGACCGUGUAGUGAAUGGGCGCUGGGCCUACACCUUCGAGGUCCCCGCGCCUCUGGACGUCCCGACCUGUGCGGACGUGCAUGCUCUCAGACAGAAAGUGGACGACUUGAAAAGCUCUGUUACCAAUCAUGUCAUUCAUCUUAGUAACAAGAUGCACGACAUAAGUGACCGUAUUGACGACGUGUUGACAAGAGUCGAACUUGACAUGUCCACGGACAAACCGCGUCAAGCUGACGAAGGAUCUGAAGCUGGGGAGGAAACACACAAGUACCCGACAGAUUGUGCGGAGGUGGCUUCCCUGGGUAACACGGAAAGUGGCGUCUACAAGAUCCAGCCAUCUGCUGUGACGUACAGUCUGAGUGAGAAGUCACUCGGCAGUCUGGUGCAGCCGUUCUACGUCUACUGUCGCAUGGACGGAGAGGAAGGGUGGACAGUGAUACAGAGGAGAGAGGACGGCAGUGAGAACUUCAACAGGACCUGGGCUGACUACAAACAGGGGUUCGGGAACCCGCGGUACAAUGAGGGACAGUCUUAUUUCCGCCUGUAUGAUGGAGUGGAAUGGUACCACUGGAAGAAAAAGCAGGGGUACUCUCUCAAGGUUACUGAGAUGAGAAUUAUCCCUAUUGGGUAG